UGUUAAUGUUAAUGUCAUUAAUAAAAUGUUAAUGUCAUUAAUAAUGUAAUUGUAUUACAUUUCUAUUUUUAAUUUAUUGGGAGACAGUUUUCUUCUGUAUCUGCCAUAUGUGGGGGUUUUUUUUGUUUGUUUGCAGGCUGUCAGGCUGUCUGAUCACAGAGGAAGGCUGUGCAUCUCUGGCCUCAGCUCUGAGCUCCAACUCCUCCCAUCUGAGAGAGCUGGACCUGAGCUACAAUCAUCUAGGAGACUCUGGAGUGAAACUUCUGUCUGCUGGACUAGAGGGUCCACACUGGAGACUGGACACGCUCAGGGUCGAGCCUGCUGGAGUCCGAUGGUUGAGACCAGGUCUGAGAAAGUAUUCUUCUGAACUCACAAUCGACACAAACACAGUACACAGAAAGAUCAAACUGUCUGACAACAACAGGAAGGCAACAUAUGUGGAGGAGGAUCAGUCAUAUCCUGAUCAUCCAGACAGGUUUGACUACUGUCCUCAGCUGCUGUGUAGAGAUGGUCUGACUGGUCGCUGUUACUGGGAGGUCGAGUGGAGAGGAGGACUUAAAAUGUCAGUGAGUUACAGAGGAAUCAAAAGGAGAGGAAACAGAGCUCAUUGCUGGUUUGGAGAGAAUGAUCAGUCCUGGAGUCUGAUCUGCUCUGAUGAUGGUCAAUUUGUCUGUCACAACAGCAGAGAAAAAGACAUCUUCUCCUCCUCCUCCUCCUCUGGUAGAGUAGCAGUGUAUGUGGACUGUCCUGCUGGCUCUCUGUCCUUCUACAGAGUCUCCUCUGACACACUGAUCCACCUCCACACCUUCAACACCACAUUCACUGAACCUCUUUAUCCUGGUUUUGGGUUCUGGUGGUCUGGUUCAGAUUCCUCCUCCAUGUCUCUGUGUUCUUUUUAGUGUGACUCGAGUCGCACUAAAGAGAACACAGUGACUUCAGACUUGACUUGUGACUCGUCCUCAAAAGACUUCAGGCUUGACUUGGAUUCGAGGUGCAGGACUCAUGAACAAUAUUUAUUUUUAGGAAACGUCCGAUGAGCUUGCUGUUAUUCCGCUCCCUGCAUUACCUAUAACCUGCCUAUGUAACACAACAACGUAUCUGCUACACACAGCCACAUGUGUGAGACGACAAAAACACAGGUGUCAUGACGAAAAGCAGCAAAUAUAAGCUGCAUUGCCCAGAAAAGGUUUGUCUUUGUGAAACUUUACUGUUUCUUUUAACGGAAUAAUCACAAUUGUGGCCAAAUAAAUGUUUGCAGUUUAUGGGGAAGCCAGACAUGACAUUUACGUGAUUAUAGGCAAUAAUAGAAGCCUGUUGUUGCUGCUGGAUUAUGUGUUUGGUAGGCGUAUGUCUAAUAUGCUUGUUUAUAUUUGGAACAGUCUAUAGCCUAUAAUUAACAUGACUUACUGCUGAGUUAUAUAUAAAAUAAAUACAUGAUCUCUUUUGCAAUUAUCUUUAUGACUCUACAUUAUUUUACUUUCUGGAUACCGACCAAUCCAGUCAUUUUUAUCUGUUAAAAUAACUUGGCCAAUACAACCAAUAACAUGCAGUAAUCCUCUUGCCAGAAAGUGAUCGAAGCCUCUUAUUUAUUGAGGUUCACAGCAUCAGUUGCAGGAGUUCUAGCGAUUAUCUGAUCUCUCUCUCUGAAACAGAAAACCCAGAGUUUCCCCUCAUCUCAGGUUGAACAUUCUCUGAAUUUUCACUAAACUUUCUGAAACGGGGCACUGAAGUCUGAUCUGCUCUGAUGAUGGUGAUUACUCAUCAUCUGUCAGUCACAAUAAGAGAGGAACGUUCUCCGCCUCCUCCAACAGAGUAGCAGCGUAUGUGGACUGUCCUGCAGGCACUCUGUCCUUCUACAGAGUCUCCUCUGACACACUGAUCCACCUCCACACCUUCAACACCACAUUCACUGAACCUCUUUAUCCUGGCUUUAGGUUCUGGUCCUGGUCUGGUUCUGGUUGCUCAGUGUCUCUGUGUUCUGUGUAGGAGGGAGAGUCUCCUCCUGGUAGAGAACAGAUCAGUUGAGUCUGUACAGGAUCACAGAAAUCUUUCAGCUUCUUGUAAUAAAUACAUCAAUGAACUUUGUACAAAGUGAUUCAAAGUGAUUGAACAGAUUCCUCAUUUCCAUGUAAACUUCUUCCACUUCCAGUCCUUUAAAGAUAGAAGCUCUGAUCAUUAAAUGGUGGAAAUGCCGUUGACUUGGACCUUCUGUCAUGUGUUGCUUUGAAUUCUGGCUCUUGUUCCAAUAAAAGCAGAAUGUUA